CGAAAAUGUCUAAACACGUCAACGUCAUCAUCUAAAUGGCUUCUAGAUUAAGCAUCUUCAUUGUACUUCUCUCGGGUUUGUUGGAUGUUGGGAGAACAUUGACUUGUAUACCCUGUGAAGAAGCAACGUGCAUUAAUAAAACUGAAGAAGAAUGUCCAGUUGGUACAGUUUAUAACACGUGUGGAUGCUGUAAAGUCUGCGCUAAGAAUGUCGGUGAAGUAUGUGAUGGACCUUAUAAAGUGUAUGGUCAGUGUGGAAGAGGUCUGAUAUGCGUCAAACCAUCCCCACCUCCUGGAAUUGAUAGCUUUCUACAUUAUUUUAAUAUUGAAGGUAUCUGUCAAGUAAACAAUGAAACACUUUAAAAAUAUAUAUUUUUUAAUUUUAAUA